AUGAUUACGCUUAAUAAAAAAAUCAAGAAGCAAGGUCCAGAAACCACGAACGGGGUUACAAGUGAAGCAGGCAAAAGAAUCUCUAUAAGAGAUAAAUUGCUGAUAAAAGAGGUUCAGGAGAUGAAUGAAAACCUUCCCACGACUUGCUCCGUGGACUUCGAGGACCCUAAUGUUUUGAAUGAAUUUAUAUUAACGGUGGAGCCCGAUGAGGGCUACUGGGAAAGUGGAAAAUUUAAGUUCAGUGUGUUUGUUACAGAGGAUUAUAAUAUGGCGCCACCAAAAGUAAAAUGUUUGACGCGUCUCUGGCAUCCAAAUAUUAAUGUAGAUGGUGAUAUCUGUCUCUCUCUACUUAGACAAACAUCUAUAGAUGAGCAUGGUUGGGCACCUACAAGGAGAUUAAAGGAUGUGGUGUGGGGACUUAAUUCACUAUUUACUGAUCUUCUUAAUUUUGAUGAUCCUCUCAAUUUAGAGGCAGCAGAAAUGUACAAAAAAGACAAAGUUGAAUUCCAAGGUAAAGUGCAAGAAUACAUAUCAGUGAAUAAGGGGAAAAGAUGA